AUGGUGUGUGGUGACUUCUGCCGCCAGUUCGGCGCGUUGGUGAGGAAGAACUUCCUCACCAAGAGGCGCUCCAAGCUCCAGCUGGCAAUCGAACUUAUCGUGCCAGCGCUGAUCAUGCUGCUCAUCGGGGUCAUCAAGAACAGCAUCAGUCCCAAGGAGCUCCCCGCGGGGACGCCUGCCACCGACACCCCCGUCGUCACCUACGAGGCCCUGCAGAACACCACCCUCUCCCCCAACGUCCUCUGCUACGACAACAACGUUUUCCAUAGGUGCGGGUGCCACAGGAGCACCGAUGACUACGAACCCCCAGAAUCCUACCUCUCGGGUGCCGGCAUUGCAUUCACCGGAGCGGCUAUCUGGGCUACCCAACACGACUCGGACACUCUCGUGAGCCACUGCGAACUGGCGCUCAGCGCUGUGGCCUCUCUCACGGACGACGUUCUGUGUACCGGCACUAAGUUCGUCCGGCUGAUGUGCAACUCCGACGAGUUUAUGCUCGGCGACGCCCUCGACGAGAUCCCGGAGAUCAACGAGUCGUGCGGGGACGGCGCCACCGAGAGCCUGGACACCUCGGCGCAGGGCUACGUGACCUUGAUGCAGGAGGCGGUGGCUCUGAUGGCGGCCGACUCGGACCUGUCCAUCCCGGCCGCCGAGAUCGAUUCCGUGUGCGAGAGGCUGACUUUCGCCGUUAUGCCGGCCGACGACGGGGCAGCCGCCGCCGAGGCCGCCGACUUCUACGACUACGUCACCGAAGCCUUCCCCGACACGGAGAGCCACUGGAUCAGCUACGACUCGGAGUCGGAGUUCCUGGACAUCAUCGGCGAGGGGGACUACUCUCAGGACGCGUCCGACGACCGGCCCGCGUUCGUGGCGGGGAUCGUCUUCACCUCCGGCAGCCCGGACUGGGCGUACACGAUCCGCGCCAACAUCACCAAGAGCGGGACGGACUCUGACUCGUACUACAUGUUCAACGUCCCCGAAACGGAAUCUCCGACGGAGAACAACUGCAAGUCUCCCACCGACUGCCCCGAGGAUGACGAGGGGCGCGAUAACUUUUCGUGGAGUGCGCUCCACCACCAGUCACCCGUGAUGAUGCUGCAGCAGCUCGUCGACAACCGUAUCAUGUCUAUUGAGGGGUCCACGGCCACCCCCCCCGUCGUGCGCAUCACGGAGUUCCCGAACGCAGCGUAUGAAGAAGACGGGUUCUGGUCUCAGGUGGGCGCCAUGUUCGCCAUCCUGGUGGUGAUCGCGGUGCUCUACCCCAUCGCCAACGUCAUCAGCGCCCUCGUGAAGGAGAAGGAGCUGCGCAUCAAGGAAGGGCUGAAGAUGAUGGGCCUUACGGACGCCGCCCACACGGCCUCCUGGGUGUUCCACUUCGUGUGCCUCUUCUUCUUCACGUCCUUGAUCAUGGUGCUCGCCUCGGGCAGCCUUUUCGAGUACAGUGACCCUGUCCUGGUAUUCAUUUACUUCUUCCUGUUCUUCAUGGCGAGCACGGCCUUCUGCUUCUUCAUCUCGGCCUUCUUCAGUCGCGCCAAGACGGCUUCGACGAUCGGAACCAUGCUGUUCUUCGUGUCCCUGUUCCCGUACUUCGCCGUCCAAAGCGACGACACCUCGGCGGACGACCGGCGCCUGGCGUGCCUCCUCCCGCCGACCUGUCUGGCACUCGGCACCGUUGCCUUCUCGGAGUUUGAGGACUCGGGGGAGGGGGUGACCGCGGACACCGCGGGAGAGAGCGAGGACGGUUUCACGUUUAACGACGUCCUCGGGAUGCUGUUCCUCGACAUGCUAAUUUUCUCUGCCCUGGCGUGGUACGCCGGACACGUGCUGCCGUCAGAGUGGGGCACGGCCAAAAAGCCGUGGUUCUUCUUGACCGCGAACUACUGGUGCCCCGGCAAAGGCACGGAGUCUGUCCUCAAGGACAACCUCCAGGAGCUGGAGCACUUCGAGAGCGAGGGCCGUGACUCGGUCGAGCCCGUCGAGGACGAGCUGCGGUCGCAGGUGGCGGGCGGGGAGUGCGUCGCCAUCCGUGGGCUUACCAAGGAGUACAAGAACUCCACGGGGGGCUCGAAGCUGGCCGUUGACAAGCUGGACCUCACCAUGUACUCGGGACAGAUCACGGCUCUCCUCGGCCACAACGGCGCCGGAAAGACGACUACAAUCGGCAUGUUGACGGGCAUGAUCCCGGUAACUUCGGGGAGCGCUUUCGUGGCCGGCCGCGAUGUGAAAACGGACAUGGUCAGCAUCCGGAACUCCCUGGGCGUGUGCCCUCAGCACGACAUCCUGUACCCGGACCUGACCGUGAGGGAGCACCUCCGCAUGUACGCGGUGCUCAAGUCCGUGCCGAGCUCCGAGCUGCAGGAGGCGAUCACGAACACUCUCAACGACGUGGGCCUGACCGAGAAGGAGAACGAGCUGACCACGACUCUGUCCGGCGGGCAAAAGCGCAAAUUGUCCGUGGGCAUCGCCCUGAUCGGCGGGUCUAAGGUGGUCUUCUUGGACGAGCCUACGUCGGGGAUGGACCCUCACAGCCGACGCUUCACGUGGGACCUGAUCCGCAAGAACCGGGAGGGCCGCGUGAUCGUCCUCACCACCCACUUCAUGGACGAGGCGGACCUGCUGGGCGACCGCGUGGCCAUCAUGGCCGACGGCGCGCUCCGGUGCUGCGGCAGCUCCAUCUUCCUCAAGAACUACUACGGCGUCGGGUACAACCUCACGAUCGUUCGGGAGAUCCAGGGAGCUGAGUCUGACAUGAAGCCCGCGUUCGAAAGCGGCAUGAAUGCAGAGGAGAAGAUCGACGAGGAGGACAUCGGCGUAAACAACACGGCGGCUCAGGAGGCGGGCGUGAAGCCGAUCAAGCGCCUGGUGCGGUCGCACGUGAAGGCCGCCACCCUCCUCAGCAACGUGGGCGCCGAAGUGUCGUUCCAGCUGCCCAACGACGCCUCGCCCUCGUUCCAGGGCAUGCUCACGGAGAUAGACUCGCGGAAGGCCGAGCUCGGCGUCAACAGCUACGGCUUGAGCGUGACCACCCUGGAAGAGGUGUUCUUGCGCGUGGCUAACGGCACCGCCGACGUAGAGGCUCGCAAGGAGAUCGCAGGCAUCUCCAUGAUGCGCCAGAGCAGCUACUCCUCUACCAUGAUGGAAGCAGCCACGACUAAGAUGGCCGCGAACGUCGUCGGCGGCGGCGGCAAGGAAGAUCUGGGCAUCGACCGGUCCAAGCCCCUGUUCGGCAGGCACAUGAUGGCCCUUCUGAAGAAGCGCCUCCUUACGUUCAAGCGCGACAAGAAGAUGUGGGCGUUCGUCGUGCUCAUGCCGGCCUUCUUCGUGCUCAUCGGCGUCCUGAUCCUGCUCGCGGUUGCGGCAACCAACGAACCGUCGAUGUUGCUUACGCCGGAGGACUACAACGACGGCUCGGCGCCCUUCCCGUACGCCACCGAGUGCGCUGCCACCGCCACCGCGACGUGCGACCCGGAAGUACUGGUGGCCGAGAUGGACAUCUCCGGUUCCGCCGAACCUGUGGUUCUCGGUAUCCCCGCUACCGCUGAUGAGUCUGGCGCUGUUGAACUGAUGAGCGAAGCUCUUCUGGAGGGUGAGUACGAGGACAACGUGUACGGGGCUGUAUCCUUCCGUGAGGCGGACUCGAGCACGGAGACGUACGACUUCACCGUGCACGCCAACUACAGCGCGCUGCACAGCGCUCCCUUGUACGUGAACCAGAUCAACACGGCUCUUCUUCGCCUGGUGACAGGGAACAGCGACUUGAGCAUCGCUGUCACGAUGCACCCGCUCCCACGCACCCCACGCGAAGAGGACAUCGACUCCGGGUUCAACUCGUUCAACGUGUCCCUGUUCAUGCUCAUCGCCUUCAGCUUCGUGCCCGCGGCGUGGAUGGCCUACAUCGUCCGCGAGAAGGAGACCAAGUGCAAGCACCAGCAGGUGGUGUCCGGUGUGGGCCUGGAGGCCUACUGGCUGUCCUCCUUCCUGUGGGACUACGUGUCGCUCAUCCCCCCGGUGGCCUUCACCCUCAUCGUACUGGCGGCCGCGGACGUAAAGGCCCUAAUCUCCGGAGAAAACGGCGUCGCCACCUUCCUGCUCUUCCUGCUCUUCGGGUUUAGCAUGCCGUGCUACACUUACCUGUGGAGCUUCUUGUUCAAGAACUACUCCAAGGCACAGAACGCCUUCCUGUUCCACAACUGGAUCACCGGCCUCAUCCUGCCGAUCGCAACCACCAUCAUGUCCCUGUUCGAAGGAGCCGUCUCAGACGUAGGCCGUGGCAUGGCAGCGGUGCUGCGCAUCGUCCCCAGCUUCGCCCUGGGCGACGGUCUCAUGAACAUGAGCUUCAUGGAGUUUUUCGGAUUCCUGGACGACAAGGACUACACGGCCCUUUCCAUGAGGAUCACGGGUAACGCCCUGCUGUACAUGGCCAUCUGCGGAGUGAUCUUCCUCGGGCUGCUGCUGGUCACGGAGAGGGCAUCUGCUGGCGGUUCCGCUCUGUCGGGACUCUGCGGCAGGCUCUCCGUGGGGAGGAGCCUCGGCAAGCUCACCCCGAGGCAGCUCGGAGACGAGGACGAGAUCGACGAGGACGUCCGGGCGGAGAUGGACAGGGUGGCCGGCGGCGGCGCCGACAACGAUGUGGUCAAGGUUAAGGGCCUGCGGAAGGUGUAUCCCGCGAGCGGCGGCGCCAAGGUUGCCGUCAAGAGCACGUCCCUGGGCAUCCCGCGCGGGGAGUGCUUCGGCCUGCUCGGCAUCAACGGGGCGGGGAAGAGCUCCACUCUCGCAAUCCUCUCAGGGGAGCUGCCGCCCACGACGGGAUCGGCUUACUUGAGCGGCUUUGACGUGGGCAAGAACCCUGAGGAGAUCCACCGCCUGGUGGGGUACUGCCCGCAGUUCGACGCUCUGUUCGAGACGCUCACGGGCAGGGAGCACCUCGCCCUCUACGCAUCCAUCAAGGGUAUCCCGGCGGACAAGCGGUCUGCGGCCGUGGACCAAAAGAUCGAGGAGAUGGGGCUCAAGCAGUACGCAGACAGGCCGGCCGGAGGAUACAGCGGCGGUAACAAGCGCAAGCUUUCUGUUGCCAUGGCCAUGAUCGGGGACCCACAGAUCGUGUUCUUGGACGAGCCGAGCACGGGGAUGGACCCCAUGGCGAGGCGGUUCAUGUGGAACGUCAUCAUGCGGAUAGUAACGGAGAACAAGGAGUGCGCGAUGAUCCUCACCACUCACAGCAUGGAAGAGUGCGAGGCUCUCUGCCAGCGCAUCGGCAUCAUGGUCGGCGGGCGCCUCCGGUGCCUCGGCACCUCGCAGCACCUCAAGACACGCUUCGGCAAGGGCUUCCAGCUGGAGGCACGCGUCAAGGCCAUCACGCACGAGGAGACCGACGCCAUGAUGGCCACGCUGGCCCACGCCACGAACGGGCAGGGUACCCUCACUAACGACGGUGGCGUGCUGCGAGCGGCCCUCGCCGCCGCGCAGGCCCCCGAGCUAGAGGCGGAGGUCUCUCCCACCGGCCGCGGGGCGAGCAUCUACCACGCCAUCGCUAACCAGGGCGGGGUGUCCGUGAGGGACCUGGCGGCUUGGAUCUGCGUGGAGAAGAAGUGCUCGAGGGUAAUAGCCUUUAUGCAGCAGCACUUCGCCGGGGCGGCGUUGCGGGAGAAGCAGAACGCCAAGAUGCGCUUCGAGUUCCCGCCGCAGAAGAACCAGACGCUGGCGCAGAUGUUCGGCUUCAUCGAGAACGAGCGCGAUUCUCUCUUCAUCGGGGAGUACGCCCUCAGCCAGACGUCCCUGGAGCAGGUGUUCAACGGCUUCGCCGCACAGCAAGAGGAAGAGCUCGGGCACGCCGCGGGCACCAUGUAGCACCAUUUUUCUACCGACCAAUCAAAGUGCAAUGGCGAUUUUUUGUUAGAUUAGUGUAGCAGCUUGUCUUUGGACCAAGUGGACCCUGACUUGGAAGAGGAGGGUAGUGUGUCGCUGUUGGGGAUGCAGCCAAGGUUAGAAGGGAGACUAUGGAGCGCUUUGUGUUUUUUUCCGCAUAUCGAAUGUAGCGGGGGGCGAAUUGCUCAGGUCGGUGUGUGUGGUUGACGACCCAGGAUUUUGUUGAUGUCAACGACACCAACCACGACAAAGAGCGAGAGCGUAGUGAUGAGUUUGGCCGAUGAUAACCCUCUUUCUCUUUCGGGGGGGAAGUGCUCGUGUUUUGCAUGCCUUAGCGGUUACACUGCUGUUGACAUGACCACCACGCAUCCUCGAGAGGUGGUGAGUGUUUUUUUUUUUUUUCUACCCAUAGGUAGCCACGUCUUUUUUUUUCAGUUUUGCUGUUGCGAGGUUAGGUUUUCCAGCGCACUUUGUGCUUGCAAGAACGUCGCGAAGCCGUUUGUGGAGCCUUUCAGAAGCAUGGGUACCGUUGUAUCAUUGUACUGUUGUAUCAUAAGAGGCAUGGCGCAGGAUGCUCGUUGGAUCCCCGCGGCGUGUGAAGCAGUUUAUUUGGAAGGCAAAAGGCUUUGUUCGAAACCUUUGCGGUAGUGGAAACUGUGUUGUGUGCCGCGGAGGGAAUGGGUGUGCUGCUUUCGACCGGACGGGCGGGCGGUGACAUGUGUCGAGGGGCAGAGAGAUACCUGGUAAUGUUUACUCCAUCGCGGCUCGAAGCAGUAGUGUUGGCCCUUGUUUGGGAUCUCGGAUGGUUUCGCCCCCGUCCCUUGGUAAGUGUUCUGAUUGCAGAAGCAGUAGGGGGCUCGGGUUGUAUGCCUGGGGAAACGAGCUAUCAACCUGUACAUGUAGUCUUAUGUUCACGCGUAGUACGAGUGUCGGUCUCGCUUAACGUGGUGGGACUGGGAGGCCUUGAGUUUGAUUUCGUUGUAAUAAGAUCUAAUAAUAAUUGUGUACUGUUUGUUGGGA